UUGUUGGAGUUUUUGGUCUGUCUCUGACUCUGUUGCUGUACCUGCAAACGGCAUUUUUACAAAAAAAAAUAGUCAUGGCUGUCCAAUUUCGAUACCUUGGUGGGUCAGGAGUGAAAGUUUCAAACAUAUGCCUCGGAACAAUGACGUUUGGACAAAGUCAGGAUCCAACCAGACCAGGGCAAUGUGAUGAAGGAGCAGCUCAUAAGAUCUUGGACCGAUUUGCAGAGCUUGGAGGGAACUUCAUCGAUACUGCUAAUGUCUAUGUGAUGGGCGUCUCUGAAUCUAUAGUGGGAAACUGGUUGGCAAAGAGAAAGAGGGAAGACUUUGUUUUGGCUACCAAAGUCCGCUUUGAAAUGGAUCCAAACAAUCCGAACAGUGGAGGGCUGAGCCGUAAGAACAUUGUGUGGAGCUUAGAAGAAAGCCUGAAAAGGCUGCGUACUGAUUACAUUGAUCUGUACCAGAUUCAUGCUUGGGACCCAGCCACGCCCAUUGAGGAGACCAUGCGUACCCUGGAUGACCUAGUGAGGGCCGGUAAGAUCCGCUAUGUCGGGGCCAGCAACGUGACCGGAUGGCAGAUGCAGAAGAUCAUGGAUUUAUGUCAGUACAAGGGAUUUAACCGAUGGAUAACACUACAGGCACAGUAUAGUCUCUUAAAUCGAGAGUUGGAAUGGGAGUUGGUAGAUUGCUGUAAGAAUGAAGCCCUGGGUAUUCUUCCAUGGAGUCCACUCAAAGGUGGUUGGCUAACGGGCAAAAUGACACGAGACUCCCCACCGGAGGGAAGUCGGGUGGCGUUCGUUGAGACCAGACGAUACAUUGCCAAGGAAAGCCAUCCCACCUUUUCAGAAUUUGUGGGGGAAGAAAGAGUCUGGAAUCUACUAGACAAAAUGAAAUCAAUCGCAAAUGAUCAAGGUAAGACUGUCAGCCAAGUGGCCCUCCGAUGGCUACUACAGAAAGAAGCUGUUUGCUCCGUGAUCAUCGGAGUGAAGACAUUAGACCAGCUCAACAACAACAUGGGUGCUUCCACAGGAUGGGAACUUACCGACCAACAGAUGAAGCGACUGAAUGAGGCCAGUGCUGUAGCCCUACCCUACCCAUACAGCAUGUUAGCAAGAGUAAGCACAGGUCGUAUCAGGAGCGACUUUACACAGUAAAACAGAGAGGUUGUGGAAUCAGGAGCCAAGGUCAAGGCAUCUCAGGCCAAGGUCAGAGGUCGAAAGGUUGGACUGUAAAAGCAAUACCUACAUUAAUUGUGUGAAAUAUUGAGAAUCAUUGGCAUAUUGAUUCUGGGGUUACAUCUAUUGCAGAUGCUCAGCAAUGAUGAAGGCAAAUUCUACUCGAAUAGUCUAAUAAUCUCUAAUAAUCUCCAAUAAUUUAUUUUAUUGGAGGGACUUGAACUUGGAAUAUUUUCAUUGAGCCCUGAAAUAUUCAUUUUCAAUUUCUGAGUGGAAUUCUAAGCUAAAUCGCCAUAGAAUUUUCUUAUGAAAAGAGUAUGCUAGGACUAUCUUGAAAUGACUGGACUUUGGUGCUCAGUGGCGAGUAUGCUAGGACUAUCUUGGAAUGACUGGACUUUGGUGCUCAGUGGUGUGUGAUGAGUUGUUCUCGAAUUAAUCCAAGGCUAUCCAAAUCCACGGGUAACAGUAAAUAUGUACGCCCUUUUAAGAUUUCUCUCAUUUAUGCUGAAAUAUAGGGCGCCUCCAUUGAUGAGUAAAUAUCAUGCGUGCCCAAAUAAAACGUGUGAAAAGGGUCUCCUUUUCAAGAUUGGGCAUGUUACGUGAUACGGGUGUCAAAAACAGUUAUAAAUUUUGAAAGUUCCAUUUAUUUCACAAAACUGUUAUAUGCACAUCCUGAUCUGUAUGCUAAUGAGAGAACUGAUGACAUCAUCCACUCUCUAUUUGUUUUAUAGUUUAUUGUAUGAAAUUUGAAUUAUUCUAACUUUCCCCUCCAUGCCAUGUGAAAGAAAGUUUUAUUCCUUUGUUAACAUGUGGAAUUACCAUUGUUUUACAUUUUACGGUUCAAUCAAGUUGGCCCUUGUUGUCAAAUUUGUAAAAAAAUGCAAUAUUGAAUUAUUUAAACAAUAAAAAAAGAAAUAUUGAGUGAUGGACAUCAUCAAGUUUGGCGCGUGAGACAACAGAUAACCCCUUACUCCCAUCAUCAACUUUCUUGUUUGCAUGUCACUGGCUUGUUCAUAUAACUGUUUUGUGAAAAAUUAGCGAAACCUUAAACUUUCUUUUUUGACAUCCGAUUUUGAU